UUAAAUAAAGAAAAGCAAGAAAAAGAAAAAGAGAGACAGCAAAGUGUAUAUACGAAGGGCUGUGUAUUUCUCUCGCAACAAGGAAAGUAAAGUUCUUCUUCUUCUUCAAUUCUCAUCAAAACCCAAUUCUUCUUCAUAAUUUUCUUUACCCCAUUUUUUUCUUUCUUCUUCUCAAUCUAUCUUUCAAUGGAUCGUCCACUUCCACUACUUCUCGCCUCUGUUUUCACUCUUCUCCUUCUCUCAGAUGUUCAAUCGACGUCUUUUAAGUUAAUCAACAAGUGUCGUACCACGAUUUGGCCUGGUUUGUUAUCCGGCGCCGGCACUGCCCAACUUCCCACCACCGGUUUCCCUCUCCGCAGCGGCAAAUCCAAGAUCAUUCCGCUUCCUAAAUCUUGGUCCGGUCGAUUAUGGGCUAGAACCCUUUGUGGGUUCGAUUCAGAUGGGAAAUUCUCUUGCUUAACCGGCGACUGUGGGUCGGGUAAAGUGGAGUGUAUCGGCGGCGGCGCUAAGCCGCCGGCUACUUUGGCGGAGUUCACUCUCAACGGUGCCGACGGGCUUGAUUUCUACGACGUCAGUUUGGUGGAUGGGUAUAAUAUUCCGAUGCUGAUUGUGGCUAAAGGUGGGACGAGAGGGGGUUGCGCGGCGACGGGGUGUUUGGUGGAUUUGAACGGCGGGUGUCCGUCGGAGCUGAGAGUAGGGCAUAGUGGUGGAAGGAGCGUGGCUUGUAGAAGCGCGUGUGAGGCAUUCAAUGCUCCGCAAUUUUGUUGUAGUGAGGCGUUCUCUACGCCUGACACGUGUCGACCAUCGGUAUAUUCGUUGUACUUUAAACAUGCUUGCCCACGCGCGUAUAGCUACGCGUAUGAUGACAAAACUAGCACUUUCACGUGCGCCUCCGCUGAUUAUCUCAUUAUAUUUUGCCCAUUGCCUUACACCAGUCAGAAAGUGUUGAGUGCAAGGAAAGAUGGGGCAGAGCUACCGCUCGUGAACAAGACGAUGAUGUAUCUGAGAAGCCGAAGAGCAAACGGCGUGUUAUCUGCAGGUUUAAUUGAAUACUAAGGACUAUAAGAUCAAAUCAACCAAAACUAUGGCUGUGAUCUCUUCUGGCCAACAUUUGUAGCUUCCCUCUCUUACUGACAUUGGCCUUCCCUGUAAUUUUCAGGCAGAUAGUUUCGAAAUGAAUGGUCGACGUCGACAAAGAGGGUCGUUGUUGUGUAUCGACAUCGAUGAUAGGGGGCAAUACCAGCCUUACCGCCACCAUACUCGCAAAGUUUCAUAGUUUUUUUGUGUAUACAUAGUUGAAAUUCAUGUGACAAUAAAUCUUGUCUUUUUGGAAAAAAAUUCAGAUUACAUUCUUGCCUUAGAAGUGAGUAGUAUUCAAGUUUUGUCUUGUGAUUUUCCCUAUAA